AUGGCUUCCAUCUGGUAUGCUUUGGUGCUAUUGUAUCCUGCUACAUUCGUAGCGACACUCCCGUUUUUCUUUCUCUUCAAGCAGUUCGGUUCCGAUAUCGCAAGAAUACCCGUGAUAAAGUUUCUAGAAGACUACAUCAUUAAGAACUACGGAUAUUUCUGGUUCACACUAGUAUACUUUGCUUUUCUCUUUGGCUAUGUUCAACCCAACGGCACAAUUCCUUGGAGCAAGAUAGUCCACACAAUGAAGUGGUACGGAGCCAAUACGGUUGUUUUUUUCUUGACUCAGCUGUGGUUCUUUGGAUUUCUGAUCUUUGAACGGAUAAAUAUAGCUACCGGGGGACAUUGUCUCAAUGAAGAAAUAUUGUCAGAGUACGAAUGUAAAUCGUCCGGUGAGAAAUGGAUCAACGGAUUCGACUCUCUGGGCCAUUUUUACUUCAUCAUCUCUAUCAGUUUGGUGGUGGGUAGAGAACUCUUGGUACAUUUGCCUUUGCCAUCUAAAAUUAGACUCCCAAAUGGUAGUGGAAUCGAUUUGGAACGGGCAACUCCUGAAUCCAGAACUGCUUCUACUAACGGAACCGAGGUCCAGAUUUGGGACAAUAAACAGCUCAAAUUGUACAGGUUGGCAGUUGUUAUCGUCGCAUUACUGUUCAUGGCUAUAUGGUUCUUCAUGUAUUUGAUCACGUGCAUAUUCUUUCAUACUGUGGGCGAGAAGAUAGUAGGUACUAUAGUGGGAGGAGCUGUUCCCUUAGCAUUGGCAUACUUCGAUAUCUAG